AUGCGCUUCCCAUCGACUCCAACAACCAUUUCAUUGUCGGCAGUUCUUGGACCAAAGACAAGCCAUCACAAGCACCUCACAAAGCCUCGAGAAACCGUCGAAGCCUCACCCAAUCGCUCGGGCCCGCCAACGAGAUAUGCCGCUGACGACUUGUACAACAUGAGUGUCAAGUCCGUGAACGUCGGCCGCUUGAACGCCGUGAACAGCAUAGCAAGUACGAAUAAUUCGGAACCAGAAACCAACCAGCAUGGCCACCUUACUCUGUGGCAGUCAAUCAAGAGGUGGCGUCGCGUCGUUCUCUACUGUAUCGGCAUGACUUCCGCCAUCCUGAUGUACGGCUACGACUAUGUCAUUGUUGGCACAGUUUCAGCAAUGCCCAGCUUUCAGCAUGACUUUGGUCAACAGCUUAAUGGAAAGUGGAUUCUGCCUUCACUCUGGCUCGGUCUCUGGAACUUCGUCAGCCCAGGCUGCUCCAUGAUUGGCUCUUUGAUUGGAGGUGUAUUCCAAGACAGAUAUGGUCGUCGAGCGUCGCUUGCAUUGGGAUCCUUUCUGUCAGCCAUUGGUGUUGCUGUCUGCUUCAUUUCCAACCUCUCUCCUGAUAUCCAUACUCGGCGAAUCAUCUUCCUUGCUGGCAAAGGCUUCCAAGGAGGAGCCAUCGGCAUGGUCAUGACGACUUCCCAGACGUACAUGUCGGAGAUCCUACCGCCUAAUCUCAGAGGACCGCUCCUGGCCUUUUUCCCAAUCUUCACGCUGCUUGGCCAGCUGACUGGUGCCGUAGUCAUCUUUGCGUGCCUCAACCUGGCGAACGGAUACACUAUUUGCUUUGCAUCACAAUGGCCAUUUUCUGCCCUUCCAUUGUUAAUGGCGUUUCUGAUCCCCGAAAGCCCGACGUAUCUCAUUCGGAGGAAUAAGAAUUCCCAGGCUCACAAGGCUCAACUGAAGCUGGAUCCCGCUGGUGCCGACCCUGAGGACACUCUCGACACCAUCCGCCGCAACAUCGAGCAUGAAAGGCGACUGACCAAUGCGACCUAUGUCGACUCAUUCCGCGGUGUCAACCUUAGGCGCACCUUGAUCAUCAUGUUCUCCAACUCAUUGCCAAACAUCUUCGGUCUGACGUUGCUGUCAAAGUCGAGCUACUUUGUGCAAGUCGUUGGCAUGAAAGCCAACCUAAGCGUCAUCGUUCUUAUACUCGGCCUCGUCUGUGGUUUGAUUGCCAACAUCAUGAGCGUAUGGGUUCUCUCGAGGGUAGGACGUAGGCGGCUCAUUCUAAGCACGCUAUCCGUCUUGUCCAUAAUCUGGACCGCCAUGGGAAUUGCCGGCUGCUGGUCGGGUCCAGUGAUACCAUGGUACACAUCCAUGACAUUGAUAGCGGUAGUCAUUGUGGCGGGUCUGGGAGUUUGGCCUGCCUCACACGUUGUCGGUGCCGAAACCUCAGCGCUGCAUUUACGUUCCAAAGCCCAAGCUAUCGGUUGGUUUACUGCGGGAGCAAACAACUCCAUCUUUGGAUUUGUGUUGCCAUACAUCUUCAACCCCGACAAAGGCAACCUUAAAGCCAAGACCGGUUUCGUGUUCGCUGGUCUUUGUGCCCUCGGGCUUGUCAUUGCCUUCUUCCUGGUACCCGAGAUGAAGGGACGAACGCCGGCUGAAAUUGAUCGCAUGUUUGAGUUGAAGCUACCGGCACGACAAUUCCGCCACUGGACCAACUCAGCCUCAGAAGGAGAGAAGAAUGGUUCGGCUAGAGUUGAGAACUCUGCCGCGUAG